UCACUUGGAAUGCAAAAGUGACGUUUCGUUUUUCUGGCGAGCGCCGUUUUCUGCAUGCGGGUGAACCGCGCAUCUAACCAUAUCACGUGCCGGUGCAAAAAAAAAAAAAGAAAAAAGACAGUUCAAUCAGCUGACGCGGACGAGAUAAAGACGGCGCGAAAAGUUGUGCGCAGGUGUAAGCCUGCAUACCGUCUCAAAAAUCUGCGUGCUGAAGAACGCCGGAGAUGCCUCGCACGAACGGUAAGCAGCGCCCGUCUUAUUUCAAACUUGCGCGCCCUUGGAGCCAAUGGGAGAACGAAAAAAACAACAAAGUAAGUAGCCAAGUCGCUGCCAGUCGUAGUGCUAGCGGUGCUAACUCUAGCGUGUCGUUCGCGUCGUGCGACCCCAAACGUGCUGCCAAAGUACGGCGUAGCUAGCGAAAUUAAUAUUCUUCGGUCGAUCGUAAACGUUACCGUCGAGGAGGAGCUUUUCAGCCGAAAACCGAAAGGGUGGCGUUGCCUUGGCGGUAGAUAUAAAAACGUUUGUACUGGUGCUCUUUCCACGGUGCUGCUUUGAAAACAACCUCACGCACAGGCCAACGUGACGGAGCACCUCCGCUCGCUUCCGCCGCGAACUAUGUUUUGUUUAUAAAACUGCGUUUACGACUCGGACUACCUAGUUUGGCUCAACGAACGUCGUUUUAACCUCAGAAUCGCCUGGCCAGAAAGUUUUGGUCGUUUGCGUGACACUAAAAUCGCGCUGAGAUCACUUUUGGGCGCACUGCUGCGCGGAUGAAUACAUAGUCCGGCCGAACUGCAAGUAAUAAGCAGAUGGUAGCCAUUUUGGUUGUGAACAAAGAUAUUGGCAAUCUUUUUUCGGGAUUAAAUUCUGUUUAAGUGCUCAGUCUGCAGUUAAUUUCCAUCACGCGUUACUAUGCUCCAGCAACUCUCUUAUGUGUAUUCGUAGCCAUGGCCGAUCGAAGGAAACUCCAAGGAGAAAUAGAACGGUGUUUAAAGAAAGUAACCGAAGGCGUGGAGCAGUUCGAGGACAUUUGGCAAAAGGUCUACAAUGCAACCAACACGAACCAAAAGGAAAAGUAUGAGGCUGACCUUAAGAAAGAGAUUAAAAAGCUCCAGAGGUUACGAGACCAAAUUAAAACAUGGAUGGCAUCUAGCGAGAUCAAGGACAAGCGGAUCCUUAUGGAUAACCGGAAGUUGAUAGAGACGCAAAUGGAGAGGUUUAAGGUGGUGGAGCGGGAGACGAAGACCAAGGCGUACUCGAAGGAGGGCCUGGGCGGAGCGCAGAAGGUGGACCCCGCCCAGAAGGAGAAGGAGGACAUCACAGUCUGGCUCUCGAACUCCAUCGCAUCACUCAACAUUCACGUCGACCAAUUCGAGAGCGAGCUCGAGUCCCUAACAAUUGGCGUCAAGAAGAAGAAAAACGACAACCAGGACCGAGUAGAUGAGCUGAAAGCAUUGCUGGCGAGGCAUCGGUAUCACAUCCUGCAGCUGGAGACACUAAUGAGGAUGCUAGACAAUGGCACGGUCGAGGUGUGCAAGAUCAAAAAGAUCAAGGAGGACGUCGAGUACUACAUCGAGUCUUGUCAGGACCCGGACUUCGAGGAGAACGAGUUCCUGUACGACGACCUAGACCUGCGGGACAUGGCGGACUUCCUGACCAAGUCGAGCGCUGCCGCGACGGGCCUGGAGCACGCGGACAACAACUGCAUCCUGGACCCGGCGGCACCCAACGCCAACGAGGACGUGCCGGGUGCCGACACGCCCGCCUCCACCAACUCGAGCUCACCGGUGCCUAGCCCAGGGCUCACAAAUCAUUCCAGGUCCAGUGAGCAGAGCAGUCAAGUGGUCAAGACGGCGCGGAGUGUGGUGGCCAACUCUGGUGUCGUCAUCGCAGCGGUCAACAGCAAAGCACCAGCGCCCAUCACCUCUCGGAACAACAGCACAUCGUCACAGAGCAGCAGUAACAGUUCGCCAUCGGUCAACUCCCAUCAAAAUCAUGCGGUGGCGUCUCCGCCAUUGACACCCUAUGCCGUUGCAGCGGCAGCGAACGCCAAAGGCACGCCCUCCCCUCCGCCGUCGACGGCACCCUCCAUCGACGGAGCGGCGACCACGGACCACCAGGGCCACUUCCACCGGGCACCCUCGCCCACACAGCACAACAGCACUAAUGCCACCACAAACAACAGGGAUCCUGCAGUGUGCUUGCUGUCUCUAAGGUCAUAUUCUGCCACCCUUGGUGGAUCAGAAAGCAACACAUGUGGGUCACAGCAACUGGCGCACAGCGGGACGACGACGUUGGCGGACCUCGGCAGCACGGCGUCGUCUGCGGCAGCUUCCUUGUACGCCUCAUUGGCGAGUUCUCAGGGCCGACCAAGUUCUCCAACGGCACCGUCGAUACUGCACAUGAACGGCCCCAUAGUCGACAAGAGCGGGGACUCGAUGUCGUCACUGAAGUCGAUAGCGGAGCAGGCGGUAUUAAAUGCUGGUCUCGAGAGUCACCUACAGUCACCAUCCUCACAACAACAGCAGCAGCAGCUUCAGCAAACGUCGCUCCAGCAGUCACUUCAGCACACGCUUCAACAGCAGCAGCAGCAGCAGCAGCAACAACAGCAGCAACAGCAGCAGCAGCAACAACAGCAGCAGCAGCAGCAGCAGCAGCAACAGCAGCAGCAGCAACAACAGCAGCAGCAGCAGCAACAGCAGCAGCAGCAGCAACAACAGCAGCAGCAGCAGCAGCAGCAACAACAGCAGCAGCAGCAGCAGCAGCAGCAACAACAGCAAGUGCAGUCAUCGUCGUGUGAGCGAAGUAUGUUCGAGUCCGUGGUGAGCAGCAAGGAGGUGCCGCGGCCACAGCAGCAACAGCAGCAGCAAUCAGCGGCAACGACGGAGGCGCACAUCCCACCCCUAAGAGGCGUGGCCCCCUUAGGCCCCGCCCCUUUGUCCAAGGAGUGCUUCUACCAGCUACGGCUGCUGGAGGCCGCCUCCAUGCACAUGCCCCACCCGUCGGACUCUGAGCGCCUCAGGCCUUACCUUCCGCGGAACCCGACGCAGGUGCCCAGUUACUACCCACAGAGCUUGCCUCAUUGCGACACGGUGGAGUUCUUCCAGAAGCUGUCCACCGAGACGCUCUUUUUUGUAUUCUACUACAUGGAGGGAUCCAAGGCACAGUACCUGGCAGCCAAGGCCUUAAAAAAGCAGUCCUGGAGGUUCCACACCAAGUACAUGAUGUGGUUCCAAAGGCACGAGGAGCCCAAGACCAUCACGGACGAGUACGAACAGGGGACGUACAUCUACUUCGAUUACGAGAAGUGGAGUCAGAGGCGCAAGGAAGGUUUCACGUUUGAGUAUAGGUACUUAGAAGACAGAGAUCUGAACUGAGUGGGGUCUUCUUCGGCGCCCGUCGUGCAGCCUCGGCCCCCCGGACUCUUUUCAACUCCAGCAGCCUGUGUCUCUGCUCCCCUACUGCUGCGACCCGCCCGCUCCGUCAUCGUUUCCGUUGUUUCCUCCGCUCGGGGCCCCACCUGAGCAUGCACCACAUGACCCCCUCGGACCCUGGUUUUACUGUUUCUUCUUUUUUUUUUUAUGCAUUGUUACUUCGUCUUGUUUCUCGCGCAUUCCCCCCCCCCUUGGCGAAUCCGAGCGCAUACUACUUUCACCCGUCAACCCAUUAUUUCAUAUAUAUUUUUUUUUGUUCGCAAUUUUUAUAUUUUCUUGUGUGUUGCUCGGCUGUCGCUUUCGGCACCAUCGUCACUGCCUGUGCAAGGGGAGAAUGCGUGCGAUGAAACGAAAACGAGGUGCUCUGCUAGAUCUUUCUUUUUUUUUCGUCGGAAGAAGAGGACCAUAUGUUGUUGUGCCGCAUUUUCGGACUCGGCGAGCCAUCCACGACGCCCACUUCGCCGGGGGACACACAAACACACAAAAAGCCUGCCAGCGUUUUCGUCGUGCCGUAGUAGUGUUCAAGUCUCCGUUUCAUGGUUUUCUUUUUACUUUCUUUAUUUUCUCUCCUUCUCCGGCAUCUGUUUGUUGUUUUAUAUUUAUUUUUUAUGUUCGCUACCUCUCUUGGUCUUCUUCUUCUUUGCUCAUCAUGAAACAUCCUGGGGGAAAAGAGGGAGUGAGUGAGUGACCUGUUGCGCCAGCCACAUUGCCACAUCAACCCCCGUUUUAGAGCCUCUGUGGGACGGACUUCGAGUGGACUGGGGAGAGCGUACUGUGGAUGUAUGCGAUCGUCUGUAGGCAUGCCGCGGGACCUCGUGAGCGUUAUAUCGGCACCGCGUUUGUUUGCGACGUGCCAACCGGGUCAGUCGCACGAUGAUCUAGAAUGUGAAAGGAGCAAGGCGACGACGACAACGUACAAAUUUGCGGUGGCAAAACUGGGGCAAAGGAAUUAAAUAGAACCAAUGGUGUAUGUGGUCGGCUGGCAACCUGCCGCGUAAUUCUCUUUUUUUCUUUUCUUUUUCCAACUCGUAGAUGUCAUGUACACAGUGGUACCAAAAAAAAAGAAAAAGUGGCGACGGCAAGUGUCGGCGCGAUUUGUCUAGUCGAGCCGCACCCAUGCAUUGCGCAAAAGCAGCACUCAAUUUUGGGUCUCGUUUUUCGUGCUGUACAUUCGUAAAAAUAACAAUUAAAGAAGGAGACUGACUGGAAUCUGAAAUAACAGCAAAAAGGAACUGCAUUUUUGAUGCACAGCAAUGUUGAGAUUCUUCCGGUGCUUCUGUUAACGCCUCCAUCUUCCUUCGCUGUUGUAGCCCCCCUGUACGUUUCUUUUUCUACGUUUCUGUCUUUCAGCCUUCAUCUUGUACGAUAAGCUUCGAUAUUUUUUUAGAACUGCGAACACAAAUGACUCGCUUAUUUCAUGUCGACAUGUCCUGUCAUCCUUUUCUCCCAAUCAUCUUGAGUGUCAGUGUUGUUCAUCCACAGCACGUGUUGUACAUACAUAAAAAAAAACGCAUUCUUUGACCCUCCCCCUUCUAUUUUCUUUCUUUCUACACAUUCGCGUGUUGCAGAAGCAAAUGGUGUAUCUCUCUUGCUGGGCGGGCCCGAGCAAGCCGCGCGUUUUCCCUUCAUUGCCGUCUCGCCCGCUCGUGGCGUGCGGAAAUCUGGCCGUCGUCGACCAGCACGUCAAAUUGCUCCCUCUCAUUCCAUUUGCCUGAAAAAACAAAACAAAAAAAAUUGCCGUACCGUCGUCCACUCACCAAGGAGUCAAAGUAUGCACCGAACUGUUUUCACGGCAUGUUACGCCCUUGCACAAGCCGAGGAUCACCCUGAGGAGUAACGGUUGCUGGCGCGUUGUCAAAAUUUCUUUUUUUCCAGCGUUUUUUCACACACCCAAAGUUUUUCAAAAGACUAGUCUUGCUUGUGGAAAGGCCAAAAAAAGAUUUAAAAAGCCAGUAACUGCGUAGCCUCAAUCUGCCUUCUCCUUGCCUUGAUCAUCGCAGAGCAUUUUUUUUUCUUCCAACGCAGAUGUGGCUUGUGCCGCAAACAAAUUUCUGACCGGUGUGCGAAGAAGUGCUCUACCAUUGGCUUGAGCUCGCAGCAGCGACAAAGUCUACGUUAUUUCUUGAAAGCCUUGCAUGCAGCUGCCGAGGCGUUUUUGUUUUUCUAAAUGACUCAAUUUUCCUUCGCUGCACCCGGCUCGUCGGGGAGGGCGAAGUCCGGUGCUGGUUUGAAAAGAGAAAGCGUGUAAAUAUGUGCGUGACAAUGUACAUAUAUAUCUAUUAUGCACGUGCGUUAUAUAUAUAUAUAUGUAUAAAUAAAUAUAAAUAAGAAACCAAUUUGAUUGCUGCUGUGGCCAUCUCUGACUGUGCUGGCGGUAGAGGUUCGAGGGAAGUGGUUGGUUGCUGCAUUUAUGUUUUCGUAACUUCUUUUUUUUUCUCUCGUGCGACCGCCGAUGUCAUUGUCGACAUUAUUUCUUUUCCUGGGUGGCGUCCGUUUCCCUCAAACGGAUGCAGGUCUGUUUGGAAUGCUGGGUAAUUCUUGGCGCACCGUUCUGAGCUGCCAUAGUCUUAUUAGUGCCUUCAGCAAGCGUCUGCAAGUGAUACAGCUUAGUAUUACUCGGUAUGGGAAAGACCAGUUCUUGGAGGUGUCACUGGACAAAAAGGGAAAAAGAAAGCUGGGUGAAGUGGUUUUUCAAAUGUCUGAUCUUCAUUGUGGAGGUUAGCGAUUUCAGUUCAUUUCGAUCUAUUGCACUUUUUUUUUUUCAAUGUUAGACGCUCGGUUUGUUGGCUACACUGCUUGAGGAGGACUAGCGGUGGAUACGGAGGGAUGAAGUCAUUGGAGAAGUAGUACCUUCUUUUCCUUUCUUUGCUUUUUCUUUUUUUGCCAGCGCAGCCAAAGGUCGCCGUGCCCAAGCACUGGACUUCGGUUUUCUGUCUUGCCACAUGUGCCGUCUCGUUUCUUUCAUACUUGAAAUGUUUUUCUAGUUUCUUUUUUCCCCGAUUCCCUCCUGGCGUCGGGUGUUAGUUUCAGCCGAAAUUCGUACAAUUGCAAUGCACUUCGCAUUGGAAUACAUCGGUGGUUGCGUUUGUCACUGCGCAAACCCAAGCUAGAAAUUUGUAUUCCAUUGUCUGCUUAUUGCUGCAAGUUGUGUUUUCGAUAUGCAUCGAAUUGCAAGGUGACGAGAAGGGAGCGAAGAGGUUCGUUUUCCUACGCGGCUGGUUGCCAGUGUGCUGCUGUGUGGUCGUAUUUGAUGCUCCGAAUCGAUGCAAUUAAAAAAAAAAUUCAAGCAUAAGAGGGUUGUACAAAAUUUACUUUCUUUUACUGGGAAAAGCAAAAUUUGAGACAGUGCUCCGACGACUUGUCUUUUUGUUUUGGUGGCUUCUAGUGCUGUCGCAUGGGGGUGACGGUUUCGCAAAGUCUGGUGCAAUAAAUUACAUCGGCAGUGCACAAUUUUUUAAAUGCAAAUUUGUGGGCACAGCAGUUCAACAAAGAAAAGAAUAGAACAAAAUUGUAUUUGUCAUCAAUGAAAUUUCAUCAACACAUUCAGAUUCGUGCUCUUUGAAAACUCCCGAGCAUCAACGAACAAAUGUACAUAAAACAGCUGUUAAAAAGAAAAUUGUCGGGGUAGUGAAAAAGGAUAGACAAAAUUUGGGUUACUGCCAUGCAACUGUGGCUGCAAUUUCAGCGAGGUGUACACACACUUGGUGUAUAGGCUUCCGACAACUAUUUGGAAGCCAGACUCGCCUGCCGAGCUCAUCGCCUAUUGCUUCAGCACUUAGAAGGUUUGAACAGGCAAGGAAAGAGGUGGUCGAACGCUGUUAUUAUAGGAGCACAAAAAAAAAAUGAUAAUAAAGGUGUAGGUGGGAAAGGGUGAUUUUCGGAGGGGGUUGUCAACCGAGCCAAAAAAAAUAAAAAAAAUAUAUACACGGGUGUUUUGAGAGAGGUGGGGUGUUGCCUGGGGUCUUAAAAAAAAAAAUAUCCGAGGGGCCGUGGUUCACCAGGGGUUGUCAAGGGAACACAAGGUUUUUGCAGAUCUCGCCUCGGGGCACUGUGUAAAUAUAUUUCAAUAGGGGGGACGGAGCAACCAAGCGUUUCCCGUCCCCGCUUUGGAGUCUGGACUUUAAAAGUCCUCCCCCCAUGUGAAUGAAAGAGGUGGAAAAAAAUAAAAAAAGAACUUUUUUCCGUUCGUGAAAAAAAAAACAA